AUGCGAAAUGCAUCCUCACAGUCCAAAGUCUCGGUGCCGUCCAUAUCGCAGUCCAACGAGGCAGACGAUGAGCAGAGUCUCUCCUCCGACCAGAGCCUCGACAUGGAGUCCAACGACUCGCACCCCCACUACGAGGGCGAAGAUACCCGGUUGACGAGCGACAAGGAGCUCCGCGGCUUUUACAUGUAUGGAUGGGCUGCCGAGGUCUUCGUUGUUUGCGGUAUUGGAUCCUUCAUACCCGUAACACUUGAGCAACUUGCGCGCGAAAAUGGCGUCCUCCUGUCCGACCCUUCCACGCCAUGCAAAGCCACCAAGCCUACCGUUCACCCUAGCUUCUCCCUCUCCACCAACGCCGUAGAGGCCCUGUUCAAACCAAAUCCUGAGAAGGGACAAUGCGUCGUCCAUAUCCUCGGCGUCGAGAUCAACACUGCGAGCUUCGCUAUGUACACUUUCAGCAUAUCAGUCCUAAUACAGGCCCUGCUAAUCAUAAGCAUGAGCGGUGCUGCAGAUCACGGGAGGUUCAGGAAAACAUUUCUCUUAUGGUUCGCAUUCGUUGGAAGCAUAGCGACCAUGUUGUUCCUGCCCGUGGUGCCCAAGGUAUACCUUCUGGGUGCAGUACUGGCAAUCGUCGCAAACACAUGCUUUGGUGCUAGCUUCGUACUGCUAAACAGCUUCCUGCCACUGAUGGUGCGCUUCCAUCCGACAGUCAAGUAUGCCGACUCCGUCACCGACAUCUCAUACGCGGACGAAGGAGAUGAUGAGGCGGAGACAGAGGAGGACGAUGAAAGAGGCGGAGAAACUCCCACACAGGAAAACAUUAUACGAGGAGCACAGUACGCGAACCAGCUUGGACAGAGAGAAGGCCUUCUCGACGAAGUCGCCGAUGCGACAACCGCACUUCUUCCAAGCAACCCCUCAGCCGCCGACUUGACCAUUCCAAGGGCGAAAAGCAAGGCCGCUCCUUCAGUAGAGCUUGCACUCGCAACUAAAAUCUCAUCCUACGGUAUUGCAAUCGGUUACAUUGCUGCCUUGCUUGUGCAGACCCUCGGCAUCCUCAUUGUCAUAGCAUUUCAAUCAUCCAAUUUUGGUCUCCGGCUUGUCCUUUUCGUAAUUGGCGCGUGGUGGUUCGUCUUCACACUACCCACCGCCCGCUGGCUGCGUCCCCGUCCAGGACCACCUCUGCAUAUCGGCGCGCAAACUUCCAACUUAGGUACUGCCCUCGCCUACUUUACAUACUCGUGGAAAUCUCUUGGCCGUACAGCAACGCAUGCGCGGCACCUCAAGGAUGUUUUACUCUUCCUUGCAGCGUGGUUCCUUCUUUCGGACAGUAUAGCCACUGUAUCUGGCACAGCAGUGCUCUUUGCGAAGACAACACUCGGAAUGUCAUACGCUAUGCUCGCCCUGAUAAACGUCAUCGCAACGGUCUUCGGCGUAUUAGGCGCCUUCCUGUGGUCACGCUUAUCUGCUUUCUUCCGUCUGUCACCCACACAAACAAUCUUGCUCUGCAUCACACUCUUCGAGGUGAUACCCAUCUACGGUCUUCUUGGCUACAUUCCAGCAGUACAACGUCUGGGAUACCUAGGCUUGCAGCAGCAGUGGGAAAUGUAUCCUCUAGGCGCAGUCUACGGCUUCGUUCUUGGUGGACUAAGCAGUUAUUGCCGCGCGCUAUUCGGCGAGCUCAUUCCCCCGGGCUAUGAAGCUGCCUUCUACGCUCUAUAUGCCAUCACAGACAAAGGCAGCAGUGUCUUUGGUCCUGCAAUUGUAGGCGCCAUCACCGAUGCUUAUGGAGAGAUCAGACCGGCCUUUUGGUUUCUAGCCAUCCUGGUUGGCCUCCCCUUCCCCAUCAUGAUGCUCGUCAACGUAGACCGCGGACGCACGGAAGGCGCUGCCCUGUCCAAGACCCUCGAAGAAUUAUCGCGCGCACGAGAUCCUCAUCAGAUAGAUGAUGACGAUGAUGACAAUUUGUCGCAGGAGAUUAGAGAUGACCUCCGCAGCUCAUUCUCUUAUCAGCGCUCUUGA